AUGAGUAAUAAAGAGAGCUAAAAUGGAAUGUAUAUUUCAUCAUCUAAUGAUUUGGCAAAGCAUGAGGAUUUAUUUAUGCCGAAGGAUAAUGAAUAGCGGGAUAACGUUAAAUAGGAAUUAGUAAGGCCGCAAACUCAGAGUUAAUUGUCAUCUGCUGAAUUAAUAGAGGAUGUUCCAGUGCCUAAACUAAUGCUAUAUAUUUCACAAAUGUCGAUAGAUGACUGUCAAAAUCAAACAAAGAAACCAAUGUCAAUAGAAGGCAUGAGUCCAAUGAAAUAUUCUCCUCCUAAGAAACAGGAGAGGAAAGUUCAAUAGGAGGCUGUGUCUGAAAUAAGAUAGUUUGAAAUAUAGGAAAUACCAACUAUUUAAUAGAUUCAAACGAGAAGAAAAGGGAAUAAAGCAAAUUAUAAUGUUGAUGAUUCUCCUGUGGAAUAAGACGAGAUGAAACCUUGUCAUUGCACAAAGACUCAUUGUUUAUAAUUAUAUUGUUCUUGUUUUCAUAAUCGGCGUCGAUGCAUGAGUGAAUGCAGAUGCAACGAUUGUUAUAAUGAUGGGCAACACGAGGAAGAAGUUUAAAAGGCAGUUGAAUAAAUUAAGAUAAAAGAACAGAGAGCAUCACAUCAUGAUUUGGAUUCCUUCGAUACUAAAUAAGUGUGGGGCUGUAAGUGCAAAAAGACAAAAUGUGUAAAAGGUUACUGUGAAUGCUUCAUUAGGGGAAAGAAGUGCACAUCUCAUUGCUAAUGUACGGAAUGUGAAAACAGAAGGAUGCCACAAAAGAAAUAAAAAAAGAAUUAAUAAAAUACUUAGAUAAAUAAAAAGAUAAAGAAAAAAUCUUAAGUUUGA